CGAAGCAAUAGCUAUGAAAAGCUAAACCCCUUUGUUCGUCGUCUUCCUCUGCUUCCUCUUCUUCUUCUUCUUCUUCUUCUUGGUACUUCGAUUGUCUAGAUUACUUGGGGUCAAACCCAAGUUCGUCUGCUUCUUUUUAUGAUUCAUGAAUCCAGAUCUUGCUUUCUGCGUCCAGAAACGAUUCACGCGCUUGAUUUCUGAAUAAAAAGCUACUACCUUUUUGUUCUGGGUUACAGUUUUUUUUUGGUCUGCUUUCUUCUUUUGCUUUGUCUGGAUGAUUAAUCAAAUCGAGAUCUAGUCAAUAAGAGAUGUUCACAAGAGCUGUUCUUAUGCGUGGUGAGAUGAUCUUAGGAGUAGUACGGUAUACUUCUUCAAUCGGAUUUUUGGGUUUCUGAGAUCUGCUUUUGCUUUAAAGUGUGAUGGAAGCUUAAAGUCUCUUUCUUCUCCCGUGUCUAAUCUGAUCCGAGUCUAGUUGAAGUUUGACUCGUAGAUCGGUAGCUUGAGAAGAUGUUUAAGCAGAUACUUGGGAAGCUUCCUAAGAAACCUUCUGCUAAGUUUUGGGAUAAUGGUGAGUCCCAAACUCCAGAUAACAAUCACGGUGAUGAAGUUUCAAGCCAGAGAUCAUCAAAUGGAGAUUCUCCGGAUUGCGUUUCAUUAGAGGUGUUGCCAAGGUUGAGAGAUGUUUCGAUCUCGGAGAAGCAAGAACUGUUUCUCAAGAAGCUUCGAUUGUGCUGUGUAGUGUUUGAUUUCGUCACCGAGCCUCAACAAAACCUCAAGGAGAAAGAGAUCAAAAGGCAAACACUUCUUGAAGUUGUGGAUUAUGUCAUCUCUUCAGGGACUGGAAAGUUCCCUGAAUCAGUUAUUCAAGAAGCUACAAAGAUGAUCUCUGCUAAUCUCUUUAGUAAUCCUCAUCAACAAUGGAAGAACAAAACUCCAGAAGCAUUGGAUUUGGAAGAAGAAGAAGGAUCUUUGAACCCUUCUUGGCCUCACUUGCAGAUUGUUUAUGAGUUCCUUCUAAGAAUCGUUGCAUCUCCCAACACAGACGCCAAGAUAUCCAAGAAAUACAUCGAUCACACAUUCGUUCUCAAGCUAUUGGAUUUGUUCGAUUCUGAAGAUCCGAGGGAGAGAGAGUAUCUCAAAACAAUACUUCACAGGAUCUACGGGAGGUUUAUGGUUCACCGUCCGUUCAUCAGGAAAACUAUGAACAACAUCUUGUAUGAUUUUAUAUUUGAGACCGGGAAACACUCGGGAAUCGCAGAGUUUCUUGAAGUUUUGGGAUCCAUCAUCAAUGGAUUUGCUUUACCUCUCAAGGAAGAACACAAGCUCUUCCUUACUCGGGUCUUAGUUCCUCUACACAAACUGAAAUGCUUGCCGAAUUAUCAUCAGCAGCUUUCCUACUGCGUUAUACAGUUUGUUGAGAAAGAUUGUAAGCUCGCUGAUACUGUCAUUAAAGGGUUAUUGAAGUACUGGCCGGUUACUAAUAGCUCCAAAGAAAUCAUGUUCUUGAAUGAAUUGGAGGAGAUAUUAGAAGCAACGCAAUUAACAGAGUUUGAGCGAUGUAUGAUUCCGCUUUCUCGCCAAAUUGCUCAGUGCUUGAGCAGUUCUCACUUUCAGGUAGCGGAACGGGCUUUAUACUUAUGGAACAAUGAUCAUGUAAGUAAUUUGGUGAGACAGAACAGCAGAAUCAUUCUACCGAUAGUGUUUCCCGCUUUGGAGAAAAACGGUAGUAGCCAUUGGAAUCAGGCUGUGAAGAACUUGACCGACAAUGUUCUUAAGGUUUUGUCUGAUACAAAUCCAGAAUUGUUCGAAGAAUGUUUGCGCAAGUUUCAAGAAGAUCAGCAAAAUGCAGAGGAUACCAAGAAGAAGAAUGGAGAAACCUGGAGACAGCUAGAGGAGAUUGUUGCUUCAAAAGGACACACAUCAAUGGCGAAGUAAGAGUUUCUUUUUUUGCACUUUACGCAAUCCCAAAAAAAAAAUCGGUUUAUGUCUUUUGUUUUUCCUGGUCUUUACGCCUGAAAGGUAAUAUACAAUUUAGUUCCUUUGCUUGCUUCAAGUCUCUGGUUUCGUUAAACAGUGUGAGAGAUUUUAGCCAGAUGUUUGUCCUCUUUCACUUUUUGAUUUGUCUGUAUACUUUGUUCAUGUAAACAUCCUUUUAAGAAAAGACGAAUUUUCUACU